AUGGCGGCCGCCGUGGCCCGGGUCGGCGUGAAUGCCGGGCUCUUGCUGCGGGCGACCCGGGGAGCUUGGUGGAGCAGACCUGCGAGCGGCCUGGGGGCCGGGGAGGCGGCGGCACCGGUGACGGCCAGGAGAUUCCGGACGACAGGCUCGUGCCCAGCGCGGGAAGAGGAAGCGGGUGGCCCCGAGCGGCCUGGGGACGUGGUGAAUGUGGUGUUCGUAGACCGGUCAGGCAGACGGAUUCCGGUGAGCGGCAGAGUCGGGGACAAUGUCCUCCACCUGGCCCAGCGCCACGGGGUGGACCUGGAAGGGGCCUGUGAAGCCUCCCUGGCUUGCUCCACCUGCCACGUGUAUGUGAGUGAAGACCACCUGGAUCUUUUGCCUCCACCUGAUGAGAGGGAGGACGACAUGCUGGACAUGGCCCCCCUCCUCCAGGAGAACUCCCGGCUGGGUUGCCAGAUCCUGCUGACCCCCGAGCUGGAGGGGGCCGAGUUCACCCUGCCCAAGAUCACCAGAAACUUCUACGUGGACGGCCACGUCCCCAAGCCCCACUGA